AUGUCCCAGUUCUCCGGCUCUCACCAUUUCCAGCACAACGGUGACCCGAAAAACGUACAUAGCGCCUCUCCCACACCUUUGUCGUCACCUCCGAACGACCAGGCCCCCACAUCCAACGGCAAGCUGAAUUCGGCCCCUACCACUAAAAGCCAUCAUAUCAUCAACGUUGGUAGUUUUCGCACACGAACUCGAGCUCGCGCUGUUUCGACGCCUAUUCCAGCAUCUCCCGCCCGGGUUGACCAUGAUAGCUCCCCAAUAGAUAUAACUCCCAUAUCAAGUGAGACGCAUCGCAGAACUACAAGUCGAACUUCCUCUAGGCCGUUGUCUAUGGUGCAAACCUACCAACCGCCCCUCAUGGAUGUUAACGAAGAUACGAUUCCCGAACUCCAGCCUAUCUUUACUUUCCUCAAUAGUCAUGCGAAUAAACUAUACCAAGAGGGUUAUUUCCUAAAACUUGACGAUCAGAAUACUCACGGGAAACCGAACCCCGAUCGCACCUGGACCGAAUGCUUUGCACAGUUGGUGGGAACCGUAUUAUCCUUGUGGGAUGCGGCUGAAUUGGAUGCUGCGGGGGAAGAUGGGGAGGUUCUGCCAAAGUUCCUAAACUUGACGGAUGCUUCUAUUAAGAUGAUCGAGUCCCUACCUACAAGGUCGAAUGAUGAGCAGCCGUUGCAAAAUAUUCUCAGUAUAUCGACAGCGGGACGGAACCGUUAUCUUUUGCACUUCAACUCUCGACAUUCCCUCAUACAAUGGACUGCUGGUAUCCGACUUGCCAUGUUCGAGCAUUCGACUCUCCAAGAAGCCUAUACGGGUGCGUUGAUUGCGGGCAAGGGCAAGACGUUGAAUAAUAUCGGUGUCAUUAUGGAAAGAUCACGUACGCCAAUGGACCAAUGGGUCAGAGUCCGAUUUGGAGCUGGCGUUCCGUGGAGACGCUGCUGGUGUGUUAUUUCACCGCCGGACGAGAAGGAAUUUAUAAAAGCUCAGAAAGAGCAUAAGAAAAAGUCCCCAUAUGAUCGACAUACUCCACUACUCAAGGGAGAUAUAAAAUUUUAUGACAGCAGGAAGGAGGGGAAGAAGCACAAGAAAAUGCUACCCAUAGCAACCAUCAGCGACGCCUAUUCGGCGUAUGCCCUAUAUCCCCAAGCCAAGUCACUAAUUGAUGCUUCGACACUGGUCAAGAUUGAGGGAAAUAUCACUAUUCACUCGGACCCGCCUACUGAGAGCGAAGGUUUCGUGUUUAUUAUGCCUGAAGUGCAUCCGGCGGUCAGCGGCUUCGAGAUGAUGCUCAGAUUUUUAUUUCCUACCUGGGACACCUUCGGCCUCUAUGGCCGCCCAGGGAGAUUGGUUGCAAGUGUCCUCGAUUCGAGGUCCCUUAUGUUCGCCAUGCCGAAGCACAAGCGCUAUGGCUACUUAGAAUUAAUGGAUGUGUCAGGACUAAUCUUAACUGAAGGUAGUUCAAGCUGGAACGAACGGGAAUGGAGGAAGAAGCUCAAGGAGCUAACCGGCAUCCGCAUGAAUAGCGCCGAGGAUGGGGCAAGCUCGAGUUCCAGUUCGGGACAGACCAACGGCAAUAGCAAGCGCCUUAGUUUUGGCCCCGCUGCUGGGGGCUCCUCGAAGCCUCGUGUUGGUUUUGCUGACGAAGCACCGGCUCCCGUUCGUACAUCUCGAUCUAUGUCGCUCGGUAGUCAACCUCCCCCCAAAAAUGAUCCGGCCCCUCCUAUUCCCGACGCCUCUGCAGUGAUUGGAGAUAAGUCCGGCCAUGCCCGUAAUGCGUCAGACUCCAAUAUCCCUGGCGCUAUGCCUCCUCAGCCGCCCUCUCACCAGGAUAGCUCAUAUGCGUCGAGCCCAGCCUCAUCCAUGAGGGGCCCUAAUGCAGGACGUGCGUUCAUAAAUGAUUUAGCAGCGACUCCGGAGCGUAUAAGUUCCGACGAAGAUCGAACAGACCCUCCGAUCCGCGAUUUCGAAGGAAUCCGGAGGAUGCCAACCCCGGAGCCGGUGUCCCAACCCCCUAGUUUCUCCCACGCGCCUGGCCAUGUUCCUACGACCCGUCCUUACCAUUCACCCGAGAUGCGUCGCGCUAAUAGCCGAUUAUCCAUGACUACCCUCGCGCAGCUUGCAACAGCUGGCGGGGUCCCUGUAGGCGAGGACCCACGAGACAAUGAAAGGAGCAACGAGGAGCGCCGUGGACCACCUUCGCGGGGACCCGACCAACGUGGUCAACAACUUCCGGUACAUGAUCACGUCAACAACGCUGGGAUAUCUGCUAAUGCCGGAUCUCGUGAAGUUUUAAGGGAAAACCAGCCACAGUCUCCUGGUCCUGGGCUACCACCGCCUCAAAUGGACCCCUCCGGAAUGAGAUCGAGAUCGCCGCUAAACCAAACUAUGAGUCCUCCACCCCCUGGCCCACGAGGUCCCAGCCCAGGUCCCAACCCAGGUCCCAGUAACCGGCCAAAAACACCUACCUCUCGACCCGGUACUGCGUCUGGUAAUCGACCACCACAACCUGGAUAUGGCCCGCCGCCAGGUAACAUGACUCCAGGUCAACGAGGACCACCUUAUGGUAUGGCCCCUCCCGGAAGAGGCCGCGGCCGUCCCCCACCGAAUAUGACUCCAGGGCGAGGCCGACCAAACUACCCACAGGAGAACAUGUACCGCGGCUAUCCACCGCAAGGCCCACCAGGCCCUGGCGGCCCUGAUAGACCAAGAUCUCCAGCUAACCGCCAGCCUUUGCCACCGCUAAACACUUCUCCCCCUAUUUACAGAAAACCACUCCCAACUCGUAGCGACAGUCUACAACACCGACAUAUUCGCGACGAUGUAACACCACAGUCCCCAUCCACGAGCAGCGGAAGUCUGACGGGCAAUCGCAUCGAUGCGGCUGGACUAGGCCAGGUCCGUCCUCUUAAUACGACACCUCGGGCCCCUCCAAAUUUUGGCGUACAUCGCGUUGAUACUAGCAAAAGCCAAUCGAGUAGCCGUUAUGAUGAUUCGGCAUCUACCGAUAGCCCCGACUACGCCAGUUCUCGCCCUUCGACGGAUACGGCAACCUCCAGUGACCGGGAGCGCCCACGAGCAGGUGUCCUUCGAACAAUUGGAAACGCAGAUGAUUCUCCAACACAAGCUCGUGGCGCGAAUCUAGAUAUUCCGGACAUAGAUUUUGGUCCGACUUUGAAUUAUGGAACAGCACCUGUCGCGAAGACACCAACACCUACCAACCCGCAGCCGAGGUCAUUCUCGCCCGGACCUCGCUCUAAUUCGCCGGCUCACGUACCUCCACGUAGAUCACCCGGAGCUGAGAUGGGACAUAACCGUCAAGAGUCAGAGGAUACAUUGCGACGUAGCAUGAUCUGGCAACCUGCAACUCCUGGGUCUGGUCCCGCGGGACCUGCCCUGUCACCCGAAGAGUUCGUCCAGCAACGAGCGAGGCAUUCAUCGGGGAUGAGUCUUGGGGGUUUGAGAACGGGCUCGGAUUAUAUUGGUACACACUCUCGAAAUAAUUCGCAAGAUCUAUUGCAGCGUCCAAGCUCUCGGGGGCCAAACGAGCUACUCCAACGCCCCGGGUCCAGAGGUGCCGGUGCUGUUCUCGGCGGACAAGGGCAAGAACAUGUGGCGCGUGUGACAGGUUCUCCUUUAAUUACCAUGGCAGGUAAUAAGAAUGCACCACAAACCAGUGGAGGUCUAGUAGGUGCAAUUGAGGCAAGAGAGCGAGAAAAACAACAAAUGAAACAGGGUUGGAGUAGCCAGGCUGCACAAUACGCAAUUAAUCAGCGUCAACAACAAGCUUUUCAGCAGUAUCAACAACGUACACCAUCGCCCAGUAUGCCACCGCCUGCUGGAAUGUACUCUAAUAUGGGUCGCGGUCCAAGUCCAAUGUCUUACGAGCAAGAAGGCGGCUGGUCGUCGCCUGGGCCGGGGUUUAGGUCUCCACCCCCUGGGAACUUCGAUCCUCGCGUAAACCAACAGGGCAUGCAACCAUACGCCCCAUUCUCAGCACAGAGUCCACCGCCUGGCGGACGAGGACAAAAUCCUCCUUACCACGGACACGCAUUUUAA